UCGUGUCUGCCUAAAACGGCACUCUUCCUCUUUCACUGCCCUAUCUAUAGAUUCGCAUUUGAACGCCCAGAUCGAUUACACUGUUUUCAAUUUUUCAUAGAAGUAAUAGUAAUAAUGGGGAGGAAGAGGAGUUCGGCGGCGAAUGGGAUGUUCGGAUGGAUGAGGAGGCAAUCAGUAAAGGUGAAGACAUUGUUAGGAGUGAUAGUUGCAUUGGGUUGUUUAGUGGGUUUGAAGUUUAUGAUUAAAGAUCAUAAUCAUUUCUUUGUUGCUUCCGAGGCUAUUCAUGCUGCUGGUAUUUUUGUCUUAAUUUAUAAGCUCACUACUCAAAACACCUGUUCUGGGCUUUCACUUAAGAGUCAAGAACUCACAGCUCUGUUUUUAGCUGUAAGAUUGGCUUGUAGCAUCGUAAUGGAAGCUGACAUCCAUACAGUGCUAGAUCUUGCCACUUUAGUUUCGACCAUAUGGGUCAUAUAUAUGAUACGGUUCAAAUUGAAGUCAACCUAUAUCAAGGAACUAGACAACAUGCCCUUAUACUACAUGGUGGUGCCUUCAGCUAUUCUUGCUGCAUUAAUCCAUCCUUAUAAGACUCACAUAUGUAUAAGCAGAAUUCUUUGGGCUUUUUGUGUGUAUUUGGAAUCUGUCUCGGUGCUGCCUCAGCUUCGCCUCAUGCAGAACGCAAAGAUGAUUGAGCCCUUUACAUCUCAUUAUGUAUUUGCAUUGGGUGUGGCAAGAUUCUUAGCUUGUGCGCACUGGAUCAUCCAGGUUUACGAGACUCGUGGGCGGUAUCUAUUCUUGGUUGGAAGUGGAUACUUCUGGUUUCCUAUGGCUCUCUUAGCAGAAGCUGUUCAGACAUUUAUCUUGGCUGAUUUUUGUUACUAUUACAUCAAGAGUUUCAUGGGAGGCCAGCUUCUGAUGAGAAUGCCGGUUUAGAAUUUCUGAUCUCCAAUUAAGGGUAACUUAGAGAGUGUAGUGAUGCUUCCAAAACCAACAAAUGAACGAAUAUCAUAUGACAAUAUUCCUAAAGAAAAGAUAUCAGCAAGAUUGUCUGCAAAACGUUAAGCUAAUAUGACAGAAUCAGUUCCCAGAUGCAAGCAUUUGGAUUUCUUUAAAAGCUGUCCAUAUAUAAUUUCUUCACGAACACAAAAAGCUCCAAGAAGAAUAAUUGUCGAUUGAUGGGAAAUCCGUUAACAGAUGCAGCGAGUUGUUAGUCCUUGAUCAUCAUGCAGGAGAGCCCCCAUACCUAAAAGCAUGGACCUGAUCAUGGCACCAUCACAACUUACCUUAAAUCUAUAGCCCAAUUCAGCUGGUUUUUUGCCAAUAACCUCAUCAACAAUAUUGGGAAUUUCUCUAUUUAGAAACUAGAAAGCACUCACAUUUUGGAAAGACAAUUAGACACUUCCCCAAUAUAUACACGUUCCCAACAUGCGCAUGUUUAAAUAUUUUAAUACCUGCUUUUUUUUUUUUUCCAAAAUUAAUAAUGCUGGGAAUUUCCAACAUAUAUGAUAAUUAGCAGUUAUCUAUUUUCUUAAUCAUAAACGAGUUCUUUUGGUUUUCUUUGAAAAUUUAAUAUAUCUUACUUCUUGUUUGUUGCAA